AUUAAUACCCUGAAAAUGUUCAGAGAACACCAUGUUGGGAACAGUUGCAAUCAAACACAGGUCGGGAUGCAAAAUGACACAGGGACAUGGAAGAAGCUGAGAUGAACACGAUGAGACCCAAUAAACCCAAGUGAUGAGUACUACCCUUAGUGAGCAGCAAAUGUGCCAAUAAAAUAUGAAGCAGGAAGCUGAUGACAUGACGUGGCAUGGCAUGAAAGGAACCUGGCUUUGGAAGCUCAGGUCAGUUUGACACUGCUGGACGUGCAAGGUGAGCUGUGCAUGGGGCAUGGCACUGCAGGGCCACCGCAGCAGGGGAGACAAGGGAGGCUGGCACUGGGGCUUUGGCCAUUUGGGAUAUCCUGGCUGGGGGGAUCUAGCACCAGAGGCAUACAGCCUGCCAGGCCCAGCUGAAGGCUUUGGUCUUGUUCAGCUCUGAAAUGGGAUGCCUGAGGCUACAGAGAGAGGGAGAAAGAUGACAAAUGUCAACAGCAUGUUCCAGCAUGGGAUGAGCCUGCAGAGCGCUUAUGAUGCCACUAGAGCAGAACGAAGUCACAGAAUCACUCAGUCAAUCAAGUAUGAAAAGACUUGAGCUCCUCUGAGCUCAAUGGGCGCAACCUUGGACGGAACACCACCAAGUCUACUAGAACAUGGCACUACAUGGCACCACGCCUUUCCUCAAACACCUCCGGGGACGGUGGCUCCACCAGCUCCCUGGGCAGCCUAUUCUGAUAUGUGACGAACCUUUCUAUGAAGAAACUCUUCCUAAGAUCCAGCCUAAACGAGCCGGUAUGGUUCGGGGCAUUGGCUCGGGGCAUUGGCUCGGGGCAUUGGCUCGGAUCAGCCCUCCCUCAGGGGGAGCAGCGCCGCGCAGGACCACAGGAGGCGGCGGGUACUGAAGGAGGAAGGGGGGGGGGAUAGGGAAGGGGACGGGAGAGGGAGGUGGUGGAGGUGGUGCCGCUCCGCCCCGCCCGCCCCUCGGCGCCGUUUGGCGGGAACUGCGAGCUUUGGCGGGAACUGCGGGCUUUGGCGGGCUCGGGAGAGCCGCGCAGCCGGAGCCGCUCGCCCGCCAUGCCCGCCGACGGGGAGCUGCUGAGCGGCCCCGCCGCCUGCCCCGAGCCCGGCGAGCAGCAGUACCUGCAGCAGGUGCGGCACAUCCUGCAGCACGGCCACCGGCGGGAGGAUCGCACCGGCACCGGCACCAUCUCCGUGUUCGGCAUGCAGGCGCGGUACAGCCUCAGAGAUCAGUUUCCACUGCUCACAACGAAGAGGGUGUUCUGGAAGGGAGUGCUGGAGGAGCUGCUGUGGUUCAUCAAGGGUUCUACAAAUGCCAAAGAGCUCUCUGCAAAAGGUGUGAAGAUUUGGGAUGCUAAUGGAUCGCGUGAGUUCCUGGAUAAGCAGGGUUUCAGCACCAGAGAGGAGGGUGAUUUGGGACCAGUGUAUGGUUUCCAGUGGAGGCAUUUUGGAGCAGAGUACAAAGAUAUGCAUACAGAUUACUCCAACCAAGGAGUUGAUCAGUUGCAAAAAGUGAUUGAAACUAUCAAAACCAAUCCAGAUGACAGAAGAAUCAUUAUGUGUGCUUGGAAUCCCAAAGAUAUUUCCCUGAUGGCUUUGCCUCCGUGCCAUGCCCUUUGCCAGUUCUAUGUUCUAAAUGGUGAAUUGUCUUGCCAACUCUAUCAGAGGUCUGGAGACAUGGGACUAGGAGUGCCUUUUAAUAUUGCCAGUUAUUCACUGCUCACGUACAUGAUUGCCCAUGUCACAGGGCUGAAGCCUGGAGAGUUCAUACACACCUUAGGAGAUGCUCACAUAUAUCUGAACCAUGUGGAACCUCUAAAAGUCCAACUUCAGAGGGAGCCAAGACCUUUCCCCAAACUCAGAAUUCUUCGUGAGAUUAAAGACAUCAGCAAUUUCAAGGCAGAAGACUUUCAGAUUGAAGAUUAUAAUCCUCAUCCACCUAUUAAAAUGGAGAUGGCUGUCUAAUGCUAUAAACCAGUAUUAAAUAUUAAAGUGGAAAUGUACCUAAGCUACUUAGUUUCUCUAAAGUGGUGGGGCUUUUAUAUACUUCAAAAUGUAUUUGCUUUAUUGUUAAAUAGUCACAGACCAGAUUUGCCUUCAGUGCUGCUACCCUGUAGUUGUACAGGACAGGUGAUUAUUCCUGAUAUGCCGUGCAGAUGUUUACCCAGUUUUAAGUUGUUAGACAGCUGCUUUUCUACACAUUGUUUCAGUUGCCAGUGGCCAUUUCUGUUACCAUUCAGUUACUGAGUGUGAGUAGCACGGGCUUGCAUGCUUGAUUUGGUACUGAAAAUAAGAACUUGUAUGUGUGAUAGAGGAUUCCUUCAGGGUGGGAGAAAUUGUUAAAUGCAUUCUAAAGAGUGUGUGUUUAA